AUGUCAUUGAAUUCCACAAUCGCAUAUCUUCGUGAUAUCACAGAUGAAGUUCGUUUUAUCUUUGGUUUAUUUAACUUAGUUGUCGGUCUUAUUAGUAAUUUAUCUCUAAUCAUCAUUUUAACAAAUCUUAAAAUCUUUCACAAAACUCCUUCGAGUUUUUAUCUAGUCGCUGAAUCCUAUUCAAACAUUGGAUUAUUGAUCUUUGUUUGUUCAUCACGUAUUUCAAUCGGUAUUCUCAGAGUCGAUCCAACACUCGUGUCACUUCAGUGGUGUAAGUUUCAUUCUGGUUUAAUUCAACUCUUUGGUUUAUGUUCAUUGUUCACAAUAUGUUUCACAACAAUCGAUCAAUAUUUCUCCACUCAUCAUCGUUAUGCCAUUCGUCAACUGAGCACAAUGAAAUGUGCAUAUUUAUUUCUCAUCAUAACCUUACUCCUUUCAUCGUCUCACGGAAUUUUGUUCUACAUUUAUGCUUCAAUUGAUCAAUCCUCAUUUGGAUGUUCAAUUUAUAAUGUAAUGAUGAGGAAGUACUUGUCUUAUUUCUACUUUCCAGUGUUGAGUAAUGCAUUGCCACUUCUCAUCACAAUGACAUUUAGUUUGUUGUCAUAUCGACAUGUUCGUCGAAUAGUUCGAAGACAAGUUCCCAUUCGACGAAGACGAUUAGAUCAACAAUUGACAUCCAUGAUCCUGAUUCGAGUUGUAUCAUUGAUUUUCUUUGGUUUACCUUAUAUCAUCACUUCGUUAUAUCAAUUGAAUGUUCCCAGUAGCAACAAUGACCUCAAUUCAACAAUUAUGAUUCUCAUUGCUGCAAUCUUAUAUUCUUUGGUAUAUACAAACUUUUCAAUCAAUUUUUAUCUAUUUUUAAUAAUUUCAUCCCGAUUUCGCGGUCAGGUUAAAUAUUUUAUUCGAAAAAUGUCUCGUAGUAUCUUCAAUUUGAUACAUUUGCCAAGACACAUUAGAUUAAAUACUAACAAUCAAAUCAUGCCGGAAAUUCCUGCACUAAAUGUUUCAGUUUUAGAAUCGGCUUGA